UGCCCGGCUCCACUGUUCGUCAUCGCGUUUUUUCCAGCGUCCUCCUGCGUAUGCAUGUAUGCGACCGACGGGCUGAUUUCAUAACGUGGGGAGGAAGAGAGGAAUGGGGCUUUGAGAACGGCUGAGCACCAGACCCGCAUCAUCACCGUGACGGCCAGAGAGAUCGAGAUAAAGCUCCGGAGCCAGGGAAACCGCAGACCGGUUAACAGAGGAUGGAGUUUAAGCAUCUGGUGGAGGCGGCGGAGAAGUGGUGCUCCGGUAACCCGUUCGACCUCAUCUUCGCCGAGGAGGACGACGAGAGGCGGCUGGACUUUUACGCAGACCCUGGCGUCUCCUUCUACGUGCUGUGUCCCGGCGGCACCGAUAAUUUCCACGUGUGGAGCGAGAGCGAGGACUGCCUUCCCUUCCUACAGCUGGCCCAGGACUACAUCUCCUCCUGUGGGAAGAAGACUCUGCUGGAGGUGCUAGAGAAGGUCUUCACGUCCUUCAGGCCUCUGCUGGGCCUUCCAGACAUAGAAGACGACAGUUUUGAGCACUACCACGCUGAUAUGGAGGGGGAACCAGGGCCAGACCACCAGCAGAUGGGGGUCAGCCAGCAGUGAUAAGCCCCAAGAUGAGGCCUGCAGCUGGGGCAAAGCUGCUCUGAAGUUCUGGGCCUCAACUCAUCCGCCCAAACACUUAACAACACAUUCUUAUCCAAACACACCCACCCACACAAAACACAAACACAAACACACACACACAUACUUACAGUCGACUUGCUAAAAAUGCACCACCAUGUUCUUGAAUGUCUCAGUGGCUUUGCUUCCCAAAGAGUGCACUCUGUUGCACUGUGUUGACCCCUCCUAACCAGACACACACACA